UUAUUUGUUUCUAAACGAGUUAUGUAAAAAUGAAAGCGGCUAACGUUUGUUGUUUACAUUUUUUAAUUGGAUUUUAUGGUAAUGAAUGACACAUUUUUUUUGUAAGUGGAAGAUAACCUCGUUUAUCAACAACGCUUGAGAAAUUUAAUUGUAAUUAUCGGUUUCCAGUUGAAUUUUAUUUUUAAACGUUUUUAGUUGUAAAAUGGGCACUGUUCAUCUUGCGAAAGGUAGCUUGUUGCCACCAAAGGAUCCAAAUAAACUCCGAUUAUACUCUAUGAAAUUUUGUCCUUUUGUGCAAAGAGCUCGAUUGGUACUUUUGGCCAAAAACUUGGAUCAUGAUAUAGUUAAUGUUCAUUUACAAAACAAACCUGAUUGGAUUUGGAGCUUACAUCCAGAAGGAAAGGUUCCAGUUUUAGAUACUGGGUCAAAAAUAAUACCGGAAAGUUUAAAUAUAUGCGACUAUUUAGAAGAAACUUAUCCAAAUCCCCCUUUAUAUCCAAAAGAUGAAACCUUAAAACUGAAAGACCAAGCAAUUAUAAGAAACUUUGGGGAUUUGCAUAUAAAAGUUUUUUAUAGCUUCUUAUUUAAUAGGCAGGGAUUAUCAACGGGAGAGCUAAUCCAAAAAGCAGUUCCGGUUUUGGAAUUUUACGAAAAUGAGUUAUUGAAGAGAGGAAGUGACUUUUUUAAUGGAUCUGAACCUGGAAUGGUUGAUUACAUGAUAUGGCCUUGGGUUGAGAGAAUUCCGAUUAUUCCAAAUGCCAUAGAACUAUAUGAGGCUUUACGUUUUGAACGAUUUGAACGUUUACGAAAAUGGUUUGGGUUAAUGAUGGAACAUUCGGUUGUUAAAAAGACUAUACUACCGGCUGAGAGACAUCGUGCUUUUGGUUUUCAGUUAAUGGCUGGAAAUAAUAUUGACUAUGAUAACAUAUAAAUAAAAAAUAAAAAGAGUUAAAUUUAA